AUGAGCCCCAGCUAUGAAACUGAUGCCGUCGGACUCGGACGCGCCUCGGCGACCAUCGCGGCGGCUCAUACUCGUCGUACAGGUACUGACAAGCACGCUUUUGAGAAUGCAAAGGCAGCCGCCGGGAUCGCACUCGAGGCGCUGAACCUGGUGGCUGCGCUAGGAGAGAAUGUGCCGUACUUGGGAGCCAUCGCUACAGCCUUGACGGCAUUCAAGAGAGUCAUGGAUGAAGUCGAUGCUUGCAAAGAAGGCUGUCGAGCGGCGAUGAAAGAUGCAGAGGCAUUCGAGAACCUGCUCUACGAGUUCCAGGCGGAAUGGGGCUAUGUAGAGAGCAAUGGGAAAGACGCGCUUCACCAAGCCUUCCGAGAUGCAGGAAACUCUGUUCUCGCCUGCUUGUAUGCUCUACAAUCCGCAAAGGUCGAUUCGCAACGCUGGAGGGACCGCCUCAAACUCGUGUUCAAGCGAGAUGAACUUCAGGCCACGACACGUGAAUGCCGCCUCAGGAUGAAGAUUGCCAAAGAGCGAUUCAGUAUGACAGUAGCUAUGGACACCAACCGCCUAGUACAUAGAAUACACCGACACUUACAGCCUGUGGGUGCGGUGCGAGGCCCUACAUCCACUCUAGAGACAAGUUGGCGGCGUCGUGCAGCUCCGGCGAUGUUCUUCGGCCGUGAAGCCGAAGUUGAUCAGGCGAUUGAUCUUAUCUCGCAUCAGCAUCCUGCUCGCGUUGCUAUUCUAGGCUCUGGCGGGAUCGGCAAAACAUCUAUCGCUCUAUCAGUCCUACACCAUCCUGGUGUACUAGCACUUUACGGGGAUCGACGUUGUUUUGUAUCAUGCGAGGCCAUCGCCUCUGCUGAUGGACUCAUUCGUGCCCUAUCAGAGGCUACAAACUUGAACGUUGAGAGCGACACAUCCGCCGAGUCUGCUCGCCAUCGUCUUCUGUCUCAUUUGACAGCCUCUGAAGCGGGCGUGAUCUGUCUCGAUAAUAUGGAAACUCCGUGGAAUACGGACAUGGUGGCGAUCGAGGGCCUACUUGCUGAUCUUGCUUCUCUUCCGUCGACAGCAUUGAUUGUGACGAGCCGUGUCAUGGACACUCCUCUCAUCGAAUGGUCAACUCCUGCUCUGGAACCUAUAAUGCCAUUCUCGGUCAAAGCUGCGCUGCAGACUUGGGAUGUUAUCUGCAAGAGACAUGACCAUCACGCAGUCAAACUAGUCAAUGCCGUGGAAUGUGUGCCUUUGGCGGUUGUCCUGCUUGCACGUCUGGCAAGAUUUGAACCAGCCAGAGACAUUUGGCGUCGUUGGGAAAAGGACCAUACAGAUCUCAUACAUCUUCACGAUGUCGGCCAUCGUCUAAACAACCUGGCCGUAUCAAUUGAACUUUCCCUCCGGGCUCUUCAUGACCAAGACGCCGUUGACAUACUCAGUAUCCUCAGUAUCUUUCCUUACGGGCUCAAGGAGGAUGAUAUCUCCCGGUUUGAAGAUAUACUGGAACAUCGAUACUCUGUCAGACGUGCCAUCGCUACCUUGCAACGGUACUCUCUUGCCUACAUCGAUGACCACGAGUGGUAUCUCGACGUCCGCGUCGUGCGCGUGCUCUCGCCCAUUCGCCACCAUAUAUCGCAAUGA